UGGAACACAAUUUGAUAGGAUCCCACUACGAUACAGUGACCGGAUACGUCUUUGCGAAGGAGAGAUUUAUAACGUUCCUUUCAGAAACCCUGGGCACGUUCAGAAACUUCACCAGCGUUACAUACCUGGAGUCAAGCCGAGAUCCGACCCGAGUCCUUUGCUUUCCCAUCGCCCUCACUGGGAUUCCACCGUUUCGCAACGUCGGUUUCACAAAAAACGUUAUAUGAUAUCCUCAAAGACAUGCGUACACUGCGUCUCAGCCAAGUAUCGCGACGCUUCAUAGCUGGCGUGACGUCCGCGACAACAUCUACCGCACCAAGAUACCCAAACACCACGAAGAAGUCGAUUUGACAGAAGAAAACUUCCAUAAACUCUGCGAUUUGACAAUCGACCUGACAUAUCACAUGACGCCCUCUGAUAAGAUGCCUCUCACGUCCGACAACGUAGUCAAACUCGACCGUCUAACCAUCCGCUACAAGUUAACCUCCGCCGCCCAUCUGCUCUACGAGCCAGAUUGCCUCAGCCAUUUUGGCCCGUACCUCAAACAUCUUGUCAUUGCCAACGCGUAUCGCGGCAACUGGAACCAGUUCUUCCAAUCCCUCGAAAAGAUCCACCCCGAGAGCCUUUCCAUCGUUGUGUAGCCUGUAUUCUACAACGCUGCACGCGGGGAUAUCCCUGGCGAGAGAGGCCUAGUUGCGUGCAGGAGCUUUUCGAGGGCACUGUGGAGAAGUGCUCGAUCGAACCGGCAUUGAUAAAGGCGCAGGUGAAGCGGAUUUGGAGGGAAGAGGACAAUGCAAUGGAUCGUUUGUUGGAGGAUCGUGAGCAUGAGGGGCCGUUUGAUUGGGAGGAGGAUAGUAGUGAUGACCUUGCUGAUGAACCUACUAGUUAUGGUUAUGGUCAUGAUUCUGAUUCUGAUGAUUGAUCGUAGGGGCCUUUGUAUGCUAUGGUAGGAAAGGCUAAAAAAGUCGAUUC